CCUUCACUCAACCUCUGUCACAUUAUUUCUAGUAUCUCUUCAACUAUACAAACAUAAAACUAUAUAUUUUACAUUUAACAACACAUUACAAUAUACAAGGGAAAAAUUGGAGUGUUGGCCAAAUCAUCCAGUAAACAGAUAUCAGUGUCAGUGACAAUAUUUUUUUCAGUUGUAUAGUCUUUGAUAUAUUUGUGUGGAAGGACUGUCCUAAAUGCAGUGUAAGGUCACCAUGAAAACAUUGCUUUAAUUAAUGGUCUUCUAAAGAGAUAUUUUUUCAGAUUUUUGUACAGGGGGUAUAAGCUACAUCAAUCAAUAUUUACCCAUGACAAACUGUGCUACCCUGGUGGGUGAAUGAGGAAGGAGUACAGUGGAAGCAGACAUAGAGACAAUGUUACAGCUAACGGGAAUUCUAAAGGAGCUCCAUGUGUUUUUCCAUUCUUUUACAAUGGAUCAUAUUAUGAUGACUGUGUUAGUUUUGAUCACCCUAACCCAUGGUGCAGCACAACUGAUAACUAUACCAGAGAUGGACAGUGGGGAGAAUGCCUUGACUAUGAUGUUUGUCAAUGUCACAACACUCUGUCUGACCCAUGGCGGAACAAUGGUUUAAAACUCAGCUCUUUCCCUGAAUGGCAAAACUAUGACAUUACGUUGAAAGAAGAGUGGUACCGCUUUACUGGUAUUGGUGGAGACCGUAUGGCCUAUUACUGCUCAAGUAACAUUGUCAGCAAUGACAGUAAUGAGUUUUGGCUUAAUUACAGUGAAAGUUCUGUAGAUUUUUCCCAGUACUCAUGUGAUCCAGUCAUUGACAGUGUACGGAAUCUAGACUGUGGUGCAGGACUGAUCCUCUACUACCACGUUCCAAUCAGAGGAGUUUACAUGACACGACUUCAGGCAGCAAGGACGUCAUCUACAAUAUCUGGUGGACUUGGAGGGGUAUGGUCCCAUGACAUCCUGGAUCCUUUCACCAACUACACCCUAACAAGCCAACCACUUGUUCCAGAGGAUGUCCCAGGAGCCAACGAGGUGAGCCCCAUGAGAGUCAUACAGGUGGAUGACCUAGGGGUCAUCCUAAGAAAACUUCAUCUAUCCAGCACCACAUCAACUCUGGUGGUUCAGAAGGCAUCUUUGGCAACCGCUAUGUGA